UCAUCCUCUCUCUCUCAACCUAUAUUCUCUGUGUCUUGAGCAUAUCGUCCUAGCCACAAGUGCCACACUCUUCGGUGUACUCGAUGGCCCCUUCCGCUGUUCUUCUCUCCGCCGAGGAGUUCUGCAGCGAGUUCCUCCCGCAACCACGCGAUUCCUCCGACUGCAGUACAGCAACAUCAAACCCAUUCGAUGCUUUACGAAAUGUGAACAAGAUGAACGAGAACGACAUUUCAGAGCUGAUCGUGGCAGCGGUCAACGACAAUGGCCUCGUUUCCGGUGCCACGGCUCUAAGAUAUCAUCCCUCUCCUGACUGCGAGUAUGGAAAUGGGACACAGCUGUCCACAGCACUCUUCCGCACCGGUGCUUCGCCAACAGUAGAACACCCACACUGGGCCGACCAGAGUGUACCCAUCCACGUGCAAGCCCACCGCAACGGCAUCGAUCCUUUCGAUGCUGCCGCACCUCAAGAUGACUAUGGCGCACUUGAGCGUUCUCGGACGGAGGUCCUCGACGGUAUCUCUGACAUCGCUGAGAUCCUCUUCGCUGCCCAGCAACGCGUCUUCCUCUUCAUGCUAUUCUUCGUCGGACGCAGGUUCCGCGUCCUGCGUUGGGAUCGUGCCGGGGUGAUCACUACGCCCGCUAACGACUACUACGAAAACCCUCAUGUCCUGUGCGACGUUCUCUGGCGCAUCGGAAAGCUUGACGAGAGCGGGCUUGGCUUCGAUCCCAGCGCCACUCGUGUCCUUCCUGGUGACAUCGACUUCACGCGAAUGGACUUCGCUGGCCUUAAGACGGACACCGACCUGAGCGACCCAGAACGUCGACUUGACGAGUCUGAGGUUCGUGACCACCCCGUUUUCGAAUACGUUCGGUCGUUGUUCAGGACUUCGCUCUCCGACGACUGGCCGCGAUACAAGCUCCAGGUGAGCGAUGGGAAGAGAUCUCGCGCAUACCUCGUAGGGAAGCCUACCUUUCGUGCUUCCGAAUUAUUGGGUCGUGGCACGCGUGGCUACGUGGCCUACGAAUGCGAGACGGGUCGUUUCGUGUGGCUCAAGGACGUGUGGCGCGCGUCGUACAUGCUCAGUAAGACCGAAGGCGAGGUCCUUUGGAAGCUCAACGCUGCCGGGGUGUCUCAUGUGCCCACUCUCGUCUGUGAUGGCGACGUGCACGAUCAAGCUACGAUCACUGCGGACUGGUGGGAGCGCAUACAGGCUCGUUCUGACCCUCCCCAUCCAUCCUGUCCCUCGUCAUCAUCGGAACCACCUUUGGCCACGGCAGUCCAUUCUUCAUCGUCGGGUGGGAAGAAGCGAAAGAGGCGCCGGGCUGAAGCUGCGAACGCUGCCAAGGCUCGCGCAAAGUCUCUUCCAGACGGAAUUCUCCGACCACACAGACACUAUCGCGUUGUGGUGGAAGAGGUGUGCAUGCCGCUCAAAAACUUUCGACAUGGCCGUCAGCUUGUCGCUGUUGUGUAUGACUGCCUGCGUGCACACCACGAAGCCGCUACAAAUGCGGAGACUCGCCUUCUCCACUGCGAUAUCAGCGGGGGUAAUAUUCUGAUAUACCCAAAAAUCGUACGGGUUCGGGAGAAGCAAAUACCCACAGUCGUCUGGACAGGUGUCCUGACCGACUGGGAGUUGUCGAGAUCAUCGGAUUCCCGUGAGGUGGCGUCGAAGGCUACGCAGGCGGACCGUAUGGGAACCUACCAGUUCAUGUCAGUGAAUCUGCUUACACGCAUCACCAAGCCCGUGGAGAUCUCCGAUGAGCUGGAGUCGUUCUUCCACGUCCUUGUCUACUACGCCGUGCGCUACCUCCGCUCGAAUUGCCCCGACGUCUCUUUCUGGAUAGAAGACUACUUUCACAGAUACGCAGGUCCAGAGCGCAUGCUCACAUGCGGCCAGAAGUCGUAUACGGUGGAGGUGGCUGGUUGGCUUCGGAUCCGAUCCCCGCUGAGCGCAUUGGUUUUCCGCAGCCCCAUGGACGACGUUCUUUCUGACAUUCUGCACAGCUUGUGGGCUCAUUACAAGAUCAUGGAGUACGAAGCUGCCCAAGCUUUCCCCCCUCCUCCCCAUCCCAACACUCCUCCGCAGCCACUAUCCCUUCUUGAUGAGCUCAUAUACAUUGCCAAGUAUGACAAAUUCGACACUGGCAGUGACCCUGAGCAGGUCGCAAAAUGGGAAGCUCAAUCUCAGGCUUGUCUUGUUGACGAGGGACCUACUCCUAAGGAACGGGAGCUCGCGAAGCAGGUCGCGGAUCACAAGUUCAUGCUCGAUCGCCUUGCGAGAGCGCUCCGGGAUCCAAGGUGGCGAGGCAACGAUCGUAUACCCACAUCCCAUGACCGGAAGCCGUCGUCGGCCGAUGCUAGCGCGAAUGGAGAUGCGUCGCCGAGGAGCUCGAAGCGACAGCGAAUGUCCGGAUGUGAGCGCAACGUGUCAUUACCCGCUCGCCUGCACCCAUCGACUUCGCGCGCGCGACCUCAAGCCCGUACUCACCCUCUCCGUGCGCGAAAAUGAUAUCGCUCCCGAGGACUUCAUAUGCUAUUCCUCCGCGUCAACAUAUAUUAAUCGUCGACCGUCACAUCCUGCUCCUCCGUCCUUCCGCCCGCUCUCCGUCUUUCGUCGACGCAUCUCUUUCCUAAUCCAUACGUGUACGCCAUCACCGCUUGCUGUACCUUCGUCUGCGUCGCCACCAUUCGGUAUCGCUUUCGGGAACCCACUCCCUCUACCUUUGCUUAUCGGACAUGUGAUGGGAGGCUAUCAUCGCAAUUGACUUAUUCGCCGUCUAUAUAGCAGUAGUGUAUCAUACCGCCAUUGUACUUUGCUGUAGUUUGUAGAGUGAUGAGACUGGCUCAUUCUGAAUAUAUUAGCAAGAUU